UUUAAAGAUGGUUUUUACAGACUGGGUAUGUUUUGCAUUUUUGAUUCAAUUUGGAUGCUGUUUCGAAAAUUUAUGUUUAAGACCAGAGACAAAGGCCUUACAAAUUCUACGUUAGAAGGUCAGAAUGCUCAACUAGGCAUUGAUGGAGUCAAAACGCCAACCUCCUUCAAAUACUGUUCGCACACAUCCACAUCUGAAAAGUCUGAAGCCUGGUAUCAAGUCGACCUUGGAAAUUUCUUCAGUUUGAAAAAUAUCAUUAUUACUUACAGGAAUGAAGAGAAAUGGCCUCCGUACAGAUUUCGACAAUUCUACCUAGAUGUUUCCAGCAUGACGGCGAAUUCUACUGAGACCUUAACACCUCAGAGAGUUCGGUGUUACACGGAUAGAACGAGGCCUCCUGCCACGCCCCCUAAUGUUAUUGACAUUCCAUGUAAUCAGACAGCGCGGUAUGUUAUCGUAGAAACCUUCUAUGAUGCUACAGAAGACAGAGAAAUAUUGGUAGCCAUUUUGGAAAUUUGUGAAAUAGAGAUCUAUGGAUGUGCAGUAUGCAGAUAUGGCAUUAACUGUUCAGAAUGUGAUAGAUGUUCAGUUUGUGACAUUAUAAGCGGUGCUUGUCCCCUAGCUAGCAGUGACAGAUUGGAUCCUGCAUCCGUCGGUGUUGGUAUAGGUGUUGGAGUUUCUUUCGCUAUUCUUGUUUGUUCUGUCAUCGCAAUUGUUAUAUGUUUUAGAAUGAAAAGAAGAAAAGGACCUGAUAACAAAUACCAAAAGGAACAUGAAAACAAGAAUGCUGCAUUUAACAGAAAUGGUCAACAGAGGAACUUCGUAAGAAAUGUAUCUGGAUUUGGUAAUAUGGAUAAUGCAUCAGGGGACAAUGCAGAUGUUUAUGAAAAUGAAAAGAAAAACGGCUUCAAGACUCACACAGAUGAUAAAGUUUCACACGUUCACGAUAAAUAUGGUUUAGAACCGAAAAAGGAGUACUUGUCCGUCUCAGAAAAAGUCCAAGAAGAGUCAACAUAUGAUCAGCUAGAACUUUAA